AUGGGCGCAGAAAGCGACCUCUACCCAUCACGCGGUUUCUCCGAUGAACCGCAGAUCACACCACCGCGCAAGCCAUUCUAUCGGCGAGGCGGCUUCAUCUUUCUCGUCGUUGUCGCCUGCCUUGUCGCCGCCAUCGUACCCCCACUCGUCGUCUUCCGCGAUCGACUCGGCCGUUCUUCCUCAUCCUCCCCCUUUGCCGACCCACCAUUCUGGAACGGCACCGGUCCGAACAACAAUCCCUUCGGCACAUGCUUCACUACCCAAGCGACCGCCUUCCAGCCCUACUGGAAAGAGCAGUUGGACGUAACCUGGUGUGGAACCCAGUUCAACCGCUCUUCCCCCAUCUUCGCCUUGCCGUUGCUCAACAUGUCCCAGGCAGUGGGUGCGGACGAGAGGGUGACGCACGAUGUGAAUCGCACGUUGUGGAACAGCAUGACGCGCAAUUGGUGCGGUGCCGAAGCCAAGAUCAUGGGUCCAGCAGGAGAGUUUACUGCGAUUCUGGCAGAUGCGAGCACCUGGAGAACGGCGGAUUUCAACAUGGGGCUGUUCGAGGCCGUGAGGGGGACGAAGAACGGAACGUAUAGAGAUCCAGAUCAGGCCGGGUGGAUAGACGAGGUGAGGAUCUGCUUCACAGGGAAUAGGACGGAUAUCGGCGACGGGACCUAUCCGUUUAGCUACCCCUUGCCCGCUUCCUCGUCGUCGUAG